AUGAGUUUGUCGCGAGAACAACUAGCCCAACUAAAGCAAGAAGUCACCGAGCGGGACUUCCAAAUCGACAGUCUCAACGCUUACAUAAACCAAGAAGCAGAGCUAUCCUCGCCCUGUGUUUUAGUCUACAGCUUCAAACCCGUGGGCAAGACACUCACGGUAUCGGCAUUUCUCGAGACAUUGGGAGUACGAAAUACAAUUGUGCGAUGCGAUGAGUGUGUAUCGAGACAAAUGCUACUUUCGCGGUGCUUUGCGUCCAUUCGAGAUGAUUGCGGCUGUGCUGAAGAUGGGUCUGCCUUUGUGCCUGCGUUGAGCGACGGCUUUUCCGCCCUCUUGACGGCAUUGGAAGAGAUGUUCAAGCUGAACAAGUAUAGUAAACACCAUGUUUUGGUGCUAGAUCGAUUUGAUCAGUGCUUUGAGAAUUGUGAUUCCAUGUUGCCUGCCAUCAGCCGGUUCCGGGAAUGCUCCAAAGUUCAGAACUUGAGUGUGGUUAUCAUUUUCAGCGGAGCUAUACCGCGUGAGGUUGUCACUUAUUCCAACCCCAAUGUGUAUUUUCCCGAAUACGACGAGGACCAAGUUGUGCGGAUCUUGCAGCGAGCCCGAUUGUGUCUGUUUGAAUUUGAAGUUGGAGGUGGCAGUUAUGAAGUGGAUUUUUACAAUCGGUAUGUUCGUGUUGUAGUUGAUACGUUUUUCGACUAUGUGGGCUCGGACGUAACCAUGCAUCUGGAUUUAAUUUUGAAGUUUUGGGAUCGGUUUAUUAAGCCUGUGCAAGAUGGGCGUUAUUGCAUACAUGAAUUUGUCAAGUUGUACAAGGAGCAGGUGGAGAUCUUUACCACGCGAGAUGAUUUGAUUUCGAAUUCAAACGUUAGAGAGUACGGUGCGGAAGAAGAAGAAGAAGAAGAGGAAUUUGGAGGUGAAGUUGAAGAUGGCGAUGGCGAUGGCGAUGAAGAUAAAAUUUUUGGUCAAGAGGAAGUCGAGAAUUCCAGGUAUGGCAGUGUACAGGAUCUUCCCUUGCAUUCUAAAUUCAUCUUGUUGGCGUCAUAUUUGGCCUCGCAUGGCAACCCACGCAAUGAUCUCCACAAGUACUCCAAAAUCAAGGUGAUGAAAUACAAGAAGCGGGCGCUGAAGAAAACACGGUCUAAUGACAUUGACUCACGUUUACUAAAUGCCAACUAUGUCGAUUUGGAAAGAAUCCUCGCGAUAUUAUCGGUGAUUUACCAGCAUCUGGCCCCGCUGUUGAAUCAGUCAGAUAAACAGGAUUUGCUUUAUCUCGACGACGCGGUGCUCGAGUUGGAGUUGCAAAAGGAACAGGAGAAACUGAAGUUCACCUUGACGAGAAAUAUCGACUUGAAUUACCAAAUUGCCACUUUAUUCUCCUUGGGGUUUUUGAACAAGACGCAGACUUCCGACAUCUUGGCUGCACGAGUCAGAUGGAGGUGCAAUCUUGAUUGGUCCACUGCGGAAGCCAUUGCCAAGUCGGUAAACUUCCCAAUCGCCGAUUUCCUAGCUGAUGAAUAA